UUCUUGCCUCGACAGUGCGGACACGCGACACGCGACUCACUGCGAUGAUUGACUCUCCUUCUUCGUUGCUGCUUGCGCAAUCAAGUUCUGUUUCCUGUUCGCGUGCAGGAUGGGCCAGCUGCCGAGACGCGAAAUGAGAACGCCAAUGUGGCUUACGGGCUGCGCCAGCCCUGCUGUUCGUCAGCCUAUAGCGCCAAACUUUGACCUUUCUGGCCAUCCUUCAGAUGCUUAUAGACAGGAGCGCGUCUCAUCUCGCGUGGCCCAUCUGCACUUCACCUCUCCUGCCAGGCUUGCCCGACGACGAGUUCUCUCUGACCACCAGACAACGAACACCAGAGCAGGAUGGUCGGCCUCGGAUCUGGAGACGAGGAGAAGCAGCAAUACGACCUACCGCACGAGCCGUUCCGAGACCUCCGAUCCAGCACAGAAUCGAGUGCGAGUUCUUCCACCACAUCAACCACUGCUGCACUCAAAGAGGGCCGGGACAUUGAAGCACAGUCGGAGCAGACGGUAGCUGCAGAACAUCAUGUGCCGGCCCGCUCCAAGCUGCUGUUCCUCGUAGCAUACUUUUUUCUCAACUUGUUCUUGACACUGUCAAACAAGUCUGUGCUGGGCACGGCUCGUUUUCCAUGGCUUCUGACAGCCGUUCACUGUACGGCGACUUCCAUAGGAUGCUUCGCCAUGCUGGGCUUCGGCCUUCUCAAGCUCUCAACGCUCGGCACGCGGGAAAACCUGACCCUCGUCGCCUUCUCCUUACUGUUUACCGUCAACAUUGCGAUAUCGAACGUUUCUCUGGCAAUGGUAUCGGUGCCAUUUCACCAGAUUAUGCGAUCCACGACACCUGUCAUGACCAUUCUCAUUUACCGGUUUGCAUACGCCAGGACGUAUUCUAGUCAGACUUAUCUUACCAUGAUUCCGCUUAUCUCCGGCGUGGCCCUUGCGACUGUUGGCGAUUACUACUGCACGCUUGCUGGAUUUACAAUGACGCUCUUGGGCGUAGUCUUGGCGGCAAUAAAGACAGUAGCUACCAACAGACUCAUGACCGGAUCUUUGAAGCUUUCUGCACUCGAGGUCCUCCUACGAAUGUCACCCUUGGCGGCGAUACAGUGCGUGGUAUACGCCUAUCUUACCGGCGAAGCAGACCAAUUCCGGAUAGCAUACGCCGAAGGCCAAUUCUCCAGUACCUUCGGCGCUGCACUGUUCCUCAACGCAAUCACUGCGUUUUUCCUAAACAUCGUUGGAUUCCAGGCCAACAAAAUGACGGGCGCCCUCACGAUUACAGUGUGCGGGAAUGUGAAGCAAGCGCUCACUAUUCUGCUGGGAAUUGUCCUGUUUCAUGUCCAAGUCGGCGCUCUCAACGCAUUCGGCAUGCUCAUCACGUUAUGUGGAGCAGCUUGGUACAGCCAAGUUGAGUUGUCUUUGCGAGCGAAACGGUAGCACGCGUUGUGGAAUCUCCAUUGCAUACUUAGCGAUAGCGAUCGUCUUCCAAUGAUACCCCAGAAUUGUAUAUCAUGAA